AUGAAGUUCUCUACCAUCCUUACCGGCUCUCUCUUCGCCACUGCCGCUCUGGCUGCUCCUCUCACUGAGAAGCGCCGUGCUCGCAAGGAGGCCCGCGCCGCUGGCAAGCGCCACAGCAACCCUCCCUACAUCCCCGGUUCCGACAAGGAGAUCCUCAAGCUGAACGGCACCACCAACGAGGAGUACAGCUCCAACUGGGCUGGUGCCGUCUUGAUCGGCGACGGCUACACCAAGGUCACUGGCGAGUUCACUGUCCCCAGUGUCUCUGCUGGAUCUAGCGGCUCCAGUGGCUACGGUGGUGGCUACGGCUACUGGAAGAACAAGAGACAAUCCGAGGAGUACUGCGCCUCCGCUUGGGUUGGUAUCGACGGUGACACCUGCGAGACCGCUAUUCUCCAGACUGGUGUCGACUUCUGCUACGAGGAUGGCCAGACUUCCUACGAUGCCUGGUAUGAGUGGUACCCCGACUACGCCUACGACUUCAGCGACAUCACCAUCUCUGAGGGUGACAGCAUCAAGGUCACUGUCGAGGCCACCAGCAAGAGCAGCGGUAGCGCCACCGUUGAGAACCUGACCACUGGCCAGUCCGUCACCCACACCUUCAGCGGCAACGUUGAGGGUGACCUCUGCGAGACCAACGCUGAGUGGAUCGUUGAGGACUUCGAGUCCGGUGACUCCCUUGUUGCUUUCGCUGACUUCGGCUCUGUUACCUUCACCAAUGCUGAGGCCACUAGCGGCGGCUCCACUGUCGGCCCCUCUGACGCUACCGUUAUGGACAUUGAGCAGGAUGGCUCCGUCCUCACCGAGACCUCCGUCUCUGGCGACAGCGUCACUGUCACCUACGUCUAA